AUGUCUUACUACGAGCAGUGCAAGCAGCCCUGCCUGCCCCCUCCCACUUGCGUGCAGAAAUCCACCAAGUGCGCGGAGCCCUGCAAGACGGUGUGCGUGGAGCCCUGCGGCACCGUCAGCGUGACUCCGUGCCCCACGCAGUGCGUGGAGGUCUGCCAGACGCCCUGUGCCACCCAGUGCACCACGGACUGCAGCACCCAGUGCGUGGAACCCUGCCCCGUCCAGUGCGUGGACGUCUGCCCCCCUAAGUGCAUCGACGCCUGCAUAACGCAAUGUGCCACCCAAUGCCCAACCCAAUGCGCCGUCCAGUGCGUGGAUCCCUGCAUCACCCAGUGCUCCACCAAGUGCGUGGAGCCCUGCCCGGCCCAAUGUGUGGAGGUGUCUGCCACCAAGUGCGAGACGGUGUGCCUGGAGCCGUGUGGCACGGUCUGCUCUCGCCAAUGCUGA